UGUCUAUAAUGUUUUAAAUAUAAUAACUGUUUCAGGGACAUAAUAAAUAUAUAAAAAGGCAUCAAAGUGAUCAGAAUAUUUCAUAGCAGUAGUUUAUUUCAGUACAUGAAGGUUCACUUUUAUGUUCUUUCACUUCAUAAUCCUCAUUUUGAAUUACUUUAAUAUACUGAAAAUUAACUAUUUUUGUAAUUUCAGAGCUGACGGAAGAGAGUGAGGAGAGUGAAGAACUGAGUGAAGUGGAGGAGAAACAUCAUGACAAACCUGAAGAAAAACCUUUGAGUCACUCAAAGACUAAAAAGACAUUUCUAAUGAAAAGAGACAAGAAAUUGUUCACCUGCACUCAGUGUGGAAAGAGUUUCUCAACCAAACAACAUCUUAAGAUUCACAUGAGAGUUCAUACUGGAGAGAAACCAUUCACAUGUGAUCAGUGCGGGAAGAGCUUCAAACAAAAAGGACAUCUUAAGGAUCACAUGAGAGUUCACACUGGAGAGAAGCCGUUCACAUGUGAUCAGUGUGGAAAGAGUUUCACUAACAAACAAAAUAUUGAUGUUCACAUGAGAGUUCAUACAGGAGAGAAGCCGUUCACAUGUGAUCAGUGCGGGAAGAGCUUCACACAAAGAGGAAAUCUUAAGAGUCACACGAAAGGUCACACUGGAGAGAGACCAUUCACAUGUGAUCAGUGUGACAAAACAUUUCUAUGGGCAUCAAACCUGAAGAGACAUCUGAGAGUUCAUACAAAGGAGAAGCCACAUUCAUGUUCUGUUUGUGGAAAGAGUUUUUCACUGCUGUGUAGUUUACAUAAACAUGAGAAAAUUCACACUGGUGUGAGAGAGUAUGUGUGCUUUGAGUGUGAGAAGACUUUUAUUACAGCAAACCAUUUAAAACUGCACCAGAGAAUUCACAAUGGAGAAAAACCUUACAAGUGUUCACACUGUGAUAGUAGAUUCAGUCAGUCAUCAGAUCUGAAAUCACACAAGAGGAUCCACACUGGAGAAAAACCUUUCAAGUGUUCAUACUGUCACAAGAGAUUCAGUCGGUCAUCAUCUCUGAAAAGACAUGAGAGGAUUCACACUGGAGAAAAACCUUUCAAGUGUUCACACUGUGACAAGAGAUUCAAUCAGUCAUCAUCUCUGAAAACACAUGAGAGGAUCCACAGUGGAGAAAAACCUUUCAAGUGUUCACACUGUGACAACAGAUUCAGUCGGUCAUCAUCUCUGAAAACACAUGAGAGGAUUCACACUGGAGAAAAACCUUUCAAGUGUUCAUACUGUGACAAGAGAUACACUCAGUCAGUAAAUCUGAAAACACAUGAGAUGAUCCACAGCAGAGAGAAGCUGCACACGUGUGAUCAGUGUGGAAAGAGUUUCUCUUUUAAAAGUCACCUGAAGAUACACAUGAAGAUCCAUGCAGUGGAGAAACCACAUCACCACAGUCUGAAAUGAAGUAGUUCAUUUUUAUGUGCUGAAUAAAAAAAUCUCUUCUGUGUAAGUUAGCCACAGCCAAAUCUCUCCUCUCCAGCUAUACAGGUCCUUCUCAAAAAA